AUGAAACAUUUUUUUUUAAACUGCAUCAACAACAUAGUUAAAAGAAAAAGGGAAAACAAAGUGAAACAGAUUUUGAACAUCAUUUUGGAAAGGCAGCGUGAUGGGCACUUGGGCGACGACGAUGUUGUGUACCCUCUGUCAGCGCUGUGUUCCUUCCUGAAUGACUUGAGCGACCAGGUGAGACGUCUGGUUCAUAAGCAGCACGGGAGGAGAGAUGGCCAGACCCAGGCUGGAAAGGGAUCUCCUCCGCUGACACGCACGCAGUUAUCGACGCCGCGAACUGCGCGAACUGCGUCAACUACGGCAACCACGUCGCUGACUGCGCUGCACCACUUUUCGCGAACGAGCCAGCUGCACGUGCGCUCCUUCGUCGAAGCCCUCUUGAAGCAGUUCCAUGCAAAGGGGGACCCUUCAGAGGAAACCAUCCGAAGCUGCACAUACCUGCUGAAUGCGCUGUGCCUGCUCGACUACGACGGGCAGGAGAACCACUGCAGGGAGCUCCUCUCCAGAGUGGUCAAUUCCUUUGUCCAACUGAAUAGGAGGUACCUAAGCCAUGUUGGGAGGGGCGGCCAAAGGGGUCAAGUCCCAGAAGGGACACCCACCCAAUGGGGGGUCAGGAAAACUCAAAACGACCCUUCCAACAGACACGUAGGCAGCCAAAUGUUGGUGGAAGUUCUUACAGUGAUUAACAAGCAUUAUAUAAGACUAAGAAGCUCCAAUGAAGAGAUCGAUCUGCUGAGCGUGUUCUACCUGGAGGUGGUUAAUUACCUCUUCGCCUCAACCGCACUUCGUGUAAGGCCCCCUGCGGAGCGUCACCCUGAGGGUAAUCAUCGUCCUGUCAAGGAGGGGCAUCACCGGACAGAUAAACAUCGUCAUGUCGAGGCGGAGCCCCACCCAGGGGUCGUGGUAACUAGGCAUAUCGAUCUGAACCGCAUGGACUUGAACCGAAUCGGGCGAUUCUACUCGGAGGUGCACUUGGACGUGCACCACUUUGUUAGUAUCGCGCUGUUUGUGAAGAAGUACGCGGAGGCUCUAAACCGCUUCGACCUCCGGGGGAGGGGGUUCCCAAAAGAGGCUGCUCAGGAAGAUGCUGCGAAAUCGGCUGCGAAAUCGGCUUCUAAACCCGCUGAGGAACAUCCUGACGAUGGAUACCCCAUUAGCCGCGACCACCUCCGCCGCACGCUAAGCACAGCCACCGUGCACAUUUACCUCCACCUGUUUUGGAGACCAAAGUGGGAGGAGUCUUCACAAGGGGGACAGGCCUCCUCAAACAGACGACAACACAUAUGUAGUGAAGAGGCACAUCUGGGAGGAGUCCCCUCUCAGAAUGUGCAAAAAGGACCAACAUCCUAUGCUUACCGAGAAGGGAACUCAUCCAAUGCUACUUCCCCCAAUGGGAGUUCACCCCAUGGGAGUUCCCCCAAUGGGAGUUGCCCCUUUCUCUUCAUGUGGAGUUACUUCCCCGAUGAGUUCUCCAAACUAUACAAGUCGGACAAAAUAAACAUGGAUUUUGUUUUAAGUCAAAACGUUAUGGACAUCGUGAGCUGCUUAAAGACGCUGUCGUUGAAAAUACUAGCUAGCGAUUCUAUCACCUGUGAUCACUUUAACAGGAGGAUCUACAGUCAUGUCUUAUCUUUUAGGCUCCUCCUAAAUGUCAUAAAUGGAGAAAGGUUGCCCCGAAGAGACUUCCUCGUUAGUGCCCUUUCUGUGUACUACCAUUUUUGGCACUUCAUUUUGAAAUUCUACUCCUCCCUGGUUUAUACCAACACUUUGGUCUCUCUGCUUGGAUGCUUCUGCGCAGGGAGGAUGUGGGCCAUGAAAAGGAGCGAUCGCGACCCCCCCAUUCGGAUGAUAAACGCGGAGGUGGUGCGGAGGUGGAAGGAAACAGACGCGAAUGGUGUGGGUGCUCCCUCGGGUGGGCACUCAUUCAGCGAGGUACACACGGCAGAAAGUGAGUAUCCACAUGGAUCGAAAGUCAGAUCGAAAGUCAGAUCGCUAGUCAUAUCGCAAACCCCGCAGUGUCCCCUCCUGCUGGCCAACCGGAGGCACCUCUUCAAUAUGUGUAGCCUCUACGCGCAGCUUAACUUCCACGACGAGGCCUUCGCCCGACUCCUCACUAAAACGACCACUCAUAAUUUAACACAGCUAAGCAAGAAGGACAUCAUGGCGGUCGUGUUCUACCUGGGGAAGGCACCCCCAACUCAGGGUGAGAUGCUACUCCACUUAGUCAGACAGAUACAGAGGCACAUCACCACCUACGACAUGUGCGACUUGCACUUAACAUUGAAGACACUCCUCAAGUAUACCAAUCAGCAAGGGGGGAAGACUCUCUUCGCCACUCAUUUUCCCGCUAUUAUACUACACCAUGUCCUUAUACGCGUCCUCAUUGUGUGUUCCAAAAUGGAGACAGAAGACAAAGCUGCACAGUCCCCAUGGCAGGGAAAGACCAAAGAGGAGGUUGUCCCCCAUCAGGUUGAUUUCACUAAGACUCUUCAUGAGUUCUAUGAUGUGCUUAUCUCCUCUGAGGGGUUCCAAAAAAUGCUAGUAAUCCAACGGGGCAACACUCCACACGUAUUAUCGGACGGCACUACUGCCCUUUCCAUUAUCCAAGAAGAGAUGCAAGCCGUUUAUUCGAAGGUGAGAAGACCAUCCAGUUGGUUCAUGUCACUCAUCGGAGAGCUCACCCGAGGUGAGAAGAAGCCAUUUCUUCGCAACACCCUCAACAUAUUAAACGUCGCAGUUAAGCUAAUGAAGAGCAUGUGCGUCCCCCUCUUCGGUGAUGACUACCCUCCCUUGUACGAAGCCUGUUGUCUCCACCUCUUCGACGCUCUGUACCUUCUCAUUAAGCGAACGAAGAACCUCCGAGAUUGUUUCACUGUUUCAGAGUGGGUCAGUUUAAUCCUCUGCCACUGCAAGGUGGGCCACAUGCCCGACUACCUUAACGAGUAUUUGGCACUGCUCCACGGGAAGCUCCCUGCCGAGAUCCGCGCGAACCAGGCAGCGGCAGUGGCAGGUCCGCGAGGGGAACUCCUAGGGGUGCACAUCAAGGACCUGCGCCUUAUUCGGAUGUUAUCGCAGCGGCUAAAAUUGUAUCACUUAAAAAAUGCGGAGCUCUUUGCACCGUUUCUGUAUGCGCGGGGGUCCCUAAAUGAUUACAUCUACAAACUACUACUCCGGCGAUUCAAGAAGGUCACACACAAAGGUCCAAUAAACAUCUUCAAAUCUGUAUUGUCUCCCCAAAGCAGCUACAACGUCGACCUCCUCUUCUCCUGUAAUUACACCAUAAGUGAGAUUAAAAAGAAAAUUGCAGAAUAUAUGUAUGAGCUGAAGCUCGUCGAUGGAGAAAAAUUUAAAGCCGUUUAUCUAGGGAAGAGGAGAUUAGUCAGGCCAAUCAAGAAACAGAUGGAGGCUUACUAUGUCUUGUUUUCCUUUCAAAUGUACCCCUCGUUGAUUCACGAAAUUAAAAGGAAGCUUUCUUUGCAGGACGCCGUCUUGAGAUUCAUGAUAACGAAGAACGAAAAGACAUCCAGGUGCCUCGAGUACGAGGAGAAUGAGCCUGUCAGACAAGGGAUCGCCGCCACCGAGGCGCAAUUUUUUAAGAGGGCGGACUGA